UUCCGUGCGGAGUUGUAACUUUUCCACGACACUUGAAUGCAGCAUACGUCAUAUGGUUAAAAGAACGGGUCAGUUUUGACAAGUCAGAAGAGAUAUGUCCCCAGACAGUUUUAAUAUUUGUCAGUCUGUAUAUUAAUUACCUAACGCUCGCUGACAAACUAAUAACAAGACACGCUUUGGAAAUAUUGCCAGUGAGUUAUCAUCAACCAAGCGGGGGAGGGGGAACCCAUCAGCGAACCUUAACCUCUAAUAAAUCGAAGAGCUGUUAUUCGGGGUAGCAAAUAAGCUGCUCUGUUAGAAGUAAACAUAUACAUUUGCAACAGAUUUCUAUGGACGCUAUUUUGAACUGCACCCCAGGGGACUUGGAGGAUUACUACGGGAUAUUAGGCUGCGAUGAAUUAUCGUCGACUGAACAGAUUCUCAAUGAAUACAAGAUCCGAGCCUUGGCGUGCCACCCAGACAAACACCUAGACAACCCAACAGCAGUGACAGAGUUCCAAAAGCUGCAGGAAGCCAAAGAGGUUUUAUGCAAUGAAACCAAACGCAAAAACUAUGACAUUUGGAAAAGAAGUGGAGUUACUAUUUCAUUCCAUGACUGGCAAGCCUUGAAUGACUCUGUCAAAACUUCAAUGCACUGGACUGUCAGAAAUAAGAAGGAGCCAAUGUUAGAGGCGUCCACAGCAGAAACCCCAGUCACUUCUCAAACAGAGGCCCAAGAAGCUCAAGGGAUGGCUUCAAAUGAUGCCAUGCCCUCAUCAAGUGAUUACUGCCAUCUGCGAUUCCGUUGGGCCGCUGACUCACCAUCUAGUCUACUGCGGAUGUUCAGAAACUAUGAAAUCUAAAUAUAUCAGCAGUUUCAUUUUGUUUAAAUGUUUGUGAUUUUUGUUUCUGUAGUUGUUGCUGUGCUUAUUCACUUUGAUUCUUUCUAACCGUGGUGUCAAUUUUUGAGAAUUUGGUCUUGCUGUAACUCCACUGAAGUUCUUCCCUAAACUGGAAAUUGUGAGCUCUAAAGUGUGUCUGUUGCACAUGUGAAGUACUUGUCUAACAACAAUCUUACAGUUGCAUAUUGGAGUAUAUGAAUAAUUUGUUGUUACUCUUAAUCAGUUCAUUAAUUUCGAAUAGCCACACAAUGGAAAUGUGAUCAUGCUUGAUAUUAGAGUAUCUUUAAUGCAGUAUUGUGUAUUUUUGUUUUGCAUUUAAGUUCAUAAUGUUAGGAUAAUAACCCUGAAACAUGUCAUGUACAUUUUGCCAUGUUUACAAUCUAAUGCAUUGGCAUGUAAUGGAUAUUAAUGUAACUGUAAUAAUUUAAAUCGGAAAUCCAAAAUUCAGUUUGGUACUACUGUACAUCUAUAUUCUACACACAUACAGUGUUUUUAGUGCCAACAACUUCCAUUUUUGCUUAGGUGGAAUGAGGUAUUAGAAAUAAUUUAGAGCAUGGCCAAAUGAAAGAUAGGCCUGCUUAGUUUGAUUUUUGUGGAAGUUGUGUGAAGUAAUGUUUCACCCCACUGGCAGUUGUGUCAAAUAUUUGCUAUAACUGUAUAAUGUAUUUGGAUAACACAGUAGCAAAAUAACUUGUGCAAAAACAUAUAUUAAUCAAAAAUAUUUAUUUGAAUAUCGAGGACAAAAGAUGUUUUCUCAGCUAACAGCCUAUACGAACUAAAUGUGAGGAAGAUAAUUUUCACAUGAACAAGUGGAUUGUAUUACUGUAUGUAAAAGUAUCCUUAACAUUAAAUUUCAUUAAACUGUACAUAUUCAACACAAAAUCAUUAUUAGCUG